AUGGUAUACGGGCAACAGCUGCCAUGGCGGACAGCUCUCCAGCAAUCCUCUCGGAGAUCAUACAGCACCUCGAUACAAGCAUGUAGGGUCUGCCAGGCACAGCUACGAGCAGCGCAACGGCCUCCGCCUGUCUCGAUAGCAUCGCGAUCGUCCUUAAGACCGCUACAGGCCACUUUGCCACUGUCACGAGACUUCUCUACAUCGCCGGCGAGGAGGAAAGAGAAGCCGCCUCCACCAGAGGAGGAUAACGCAGAGGCAAAGGAAGAGCGCAAGGAAGACGUGACCGACAAACCGCGGGAAGAGGCCGACAGCGCAGAGGCGAAGAGUCGAUCAGAGCCAACACCCAUCCCCGGCGCAGGCGAUGGCAAGGCCGCGAGCGCUGGUGGCGACUCUGGACUCAGCGGAGGAGAUGGCGGUGGGCGGAAGCGAAAGGGCCAGGAGCGAGGCCUGACGAAGAUCCAGGUACCUGAUGUGUACCCGCAAGUCAUGGCAAUCCCCAUCGCGCAACGACCACUGUUCCCCGGCUUCUACAAAGCCAUCACCAUCCGAGACCCGAACGUGAUUGCCGCGGUGCAGGAGCUACUUAAGAGGGGCCAGAGCUACGUGGGCGCAUUUUUGCUGAAGGACCAGGAGAGCAGUCAGGAUGUCAUCAAUGAUCCGAGCGAGGUCUACGAUGUUGGGACGUUUUGUCAGAUUACGGGAGCUUUCCCGGCGGGACAUGAUGGGGAUAGGGCGUUGCAGGCUGUGCUGUACCCUCAUCGGAGGAUCAAGCUGAGCGAGCUGAUACCGCCGCAUCGAGGACCACCAUCUGCGCCUGAAGCUGAGCAAGCAGCACAAGCGACUAUUGAAGCGGCGCCAACAGAAGAGCAGGACAAGUCGGCUGAGAGCAAGGAUGAGCCGAAGAAGGGGGAUGUUGUAGCUUCUUUCGAAGAGCAGCAGGCGAAGGAACAAGCUACCGCCGCGCAGGACACCAACGAGAAGUCAAUCGACUUCGAGCCCAAGUACGACCCUACCAGCUUCCUGCGCACAUGGCCUGUAUCCCUCGUGAAGGUCGAGAACCUCGCCGACGAGCCGUUCGACAAGAAGGCGCCCACUGUUCGCGCUCUCAUCUCGGAGAUCGUCAAUACGUGCAAGGAGAUUGGCGCACACAACCACCUCUUCCGCGACCAUGUCAGUGCCUUCGCCAUGUCGCAGUCUGCGGCCAACAUUGCAGAUGAGCCUGCGAAGCUUGCCGACUUUGCUGCCGCAGUCAGUGGAGGCGAGAUGGAAGAGGCUCAGAGCGUGCUAGCCAGCCUGAACAUCGAGCAGAGACUCAGCAAGGCACUGGAAGUGAUCAAGAAAGAGCACAUGAACGCCCAGCUUAGCUCAAAGAUUAGCAAAGACGUCGAGAGCAAGAUCCAGAAACGCCAAAGGGAAUACUGGUUGAUGGAGCAAAUGAAGGGCAUCCGUCGUGAGCUCGGCCUCGAGAGUGAUGGCAAGGACAAGCUGGUGGAGCGGUUCAAGGAGAAGGCGAACAAGCUGGCGAUGCCCGAGCAGGUUAAGAAGGUGUUUGACGAGGAGAUCAACAAGCUUGCGCAUCUGGAGCCGGCGGCGAGCGAGUUCAAUGUCACGAGGAACUAUCUGGACUGGCUAACACAAAUUCCGUGGGGUCAGCGGAGUGCUGAGAACUUUGGUAUUAAGAAUGCGAGGACUGUGCUGGAUGAAGAUCACUAUGGAUUAAAAGAUGUCAAGGACCGGAUACUGGAGUUCAUUGCCGUCGGCAAGCUACGCGGUACGGUCGAAGGCAAGAUCCUGUGUAUGGUCGGCCCGCCUGGUGUUGGCAAGACGAGCAUCGGGAAGUCGAUUGCCAGGGCGUUGAACAGGCAGUACUACCGCUUCAGUGUCGGUGGAUUGACUGAUGUGGCUGAGAUCAAGGGGCAUAGGCGGACGUACGUUGGUGCGCUGCCUGGUCGGAUCAUCCAGGCGUUGAAGAAAUGCCAGACAGAGAACCCACUUGUGUUGAUCGACGAGGUCGACAAGAUUGGGCGAGGGCAUCAGGGUGAUCCGUCGAGUGCGUUACUUGAGUUGCUGGAUCCGGAGCAGAACUCGAGCUUCUUGGAUCAUUACAUGGAUGUGCCAGUCGACCUGAGCAAGGUGCUGUUCGUCUGCACGGCAAAUAUGACAGAUACCAUUCCCCGACCUCUGCUCGACCGCAUGGAGAUGAUUGAGCUGAGCGGAUACGUGAGCGACGAGAAGAUGGCGAUCGCCGACAAGUACCUCUCACCUCAAGCGAAAGAACUCAGCGGCCUGAAAGAGGUUGACGUGAACCUCGACAAGGACGCCAUCCUGGAGCUCAUCAACCGCUACUGCCGCGAAUCUGGUGUACGAAACCUCAAGAAGCAAAUCGAAAAGGUCUACCGCAAAUCCGCCCUUAAAAUCAUCCAAGACCUCGGCGAAGAAGAAGGCGUCAUGGCCGAAUCCAACGCCAUGACCGUCGAAGGGAAAGAAGCCCAACAGGAAGCCGAAAAAGACACCACCGACCCCAAAGACACCCCCGAACAAGCCCAGAUCGAGAAAGAAACCACCGAGCAGCCGCGCAUCGCCCUCAACGUCCCCUCCAGCGUCCACGUCGCCAUCAACAAGGACAACUUGAAAGACUACGUCGGCCCGCCCAUCUUCACCUCCGACCGCCUGUACGACGCUACGCCGCCGGGUGUAGCGAUGGGACUGGCCUGGACGCAAAUGGGCGGCGCGGCGCUGUACGUCGAGUCCAUUCUCGAGAACGCCCUCUCCCACUCCUCUCGCCCGGGUCUCGAGCGCACCGGCAACCUCAAAGCGGUGAUGAAAGAGUCCACGCAAAUCGCCUACUCCUUUGCUAAAGGCCUGAUGGCGAAGCACUACCCAGGCAACAAAUUCUUCGAGAAAGCGCGCAUCCACUUGCACUGUCCUGAAGGCGCAGUUCAGAAGGAUGGGCCUUCGGCGGGCAUCACUAUGGCGACGAGUCUGCUGUCUUUGGGACUGGAUCGGAAGCUGGAUCCCACCAUUGCGAUGACGGGGGAGUUGACGGUGACGGGGAAGGUUUUGCGGAUCGGCGGAUUGCGGGAGAAGACGGUCGCGGCGCGCAGGGCCGGGGCAAGGAUGGUGGUGUUCCCGAGGGAUAAUGAGGGGGACUGGAUUGAGUUGCCUGAGAAUAUCAAAGAAGGCAUCGAGGGCAAGCCCGUCGACUGGUACAAAGACGUCUUCGACCUCGUGUUCCCGGACGUCGACGAGGCGGCGGUGAAUGGGUUGUGGAAGAAGGAGCUGGCGAAGCCGUCGAAAGAGGAGCGGGAGAGGGAGAGGGAGGAUGAGAUGGAGUUGUUGAACUAA